UUAUAUAAUUAAAUUACAAAUAUGUCCUUCCAGUCAUACUCAUACGUUUUCAAGUACAUUAUUGUAGGUGACUCUGCAGUGGGCAAGAGCUGCCUUCUUCUGCAAUUUACUGAUAAGAGGUUUAAAAGCACCCAUGACCUCACCAUUGGAGUAGAAUUUGGCUCCAGAACUGUCGAAAUUAAUGAUAAAGCAAUUAAAUUACAAAUUUGGGACACAGCCGGCCAAGAGUCAUUCAGAUCUAUUACAAGAAGUUAUUACAGGGGAUCCAUCGGCGCACUCCUGGUUUACGAUAUCACUAAGAGACAAUCUUUCGAGAACUUGCAGAAGUGGAUGGAAGAAAUGAAAGAGAACGCGUACUCCAAAAUGACAACUAUCCUCAUAGGCAACAAAGUGGACCUCGAAACUGAGAGACAGGUCUCUUACGAGGAAGGCCAAGCCUUCGCUAAAAAGCAUGACCUUGUAUUCUACGAGACUUCUGCUAAAUCAGCACAUAAUGUUGAGAAAGCCUUUCUGGCUAUCACCCAACAAAUUUAUUCAAAUUUAGAGAAUGGUGAAUACAACAUCCAUAAGGAGAGCAUUGGGAUUAAGCCAGGCAAUACUCUUCCAUCUCAUAUUACAAGCAGCCUUAAGGAUAAGAAGGUAGAAAAGAAGAAAGGAGAUGGGUGUUGUUAAUCAUAAUUCUAACAGAUAAUUCGUAUCCCAAACCAAAUUGAAUUUA